AUGUUCUCCAAGACGGAGGAGAGUGGGGCCAAGACUGAGACGAUUCUUCCCCAGAACGUUGUUGUGGGAGCCGUUACAUGGAGGAUUGAGGAGGAGGUGAUGGCGGCUCUUCGGACACAGCCCGGGCCCGAUAACGGUCCACCCGGUCGGUUGUUCGUGCCUGAGUCGGUUCGUUCUGCUGUCCUUCAGUGGUCCCACGCCAGCAAGAUAGCUUGUCACCCUGGUGUUGCUCGGACUAUGGCGCUACUGCGCAGACGAUUUUGGUGGCCUGCCAUGGGAGAAGAUACCCGGAGAUUCAGCAAGUUUGCCCACUUUGUUCCCCUCUCCAAGCUGCCUUCUGCCACUGAGACGUCCGAGAUCCUGUGUUUGAAUUCUAACUUGCAAACACACUCUCUCUCCCAUAGGACAAAUGACAUCCCUCUCUUCUUUGCCACCAAAGAGAACAGUGCAGGUUGCAUUAAGAAACUUCUGGACUGUGCAUCCACUAACAUCUUUGAGAGAGGUGCUCUGGGGGAGACAGCGCUGCAUGUGGCAGUUCUGAAUGAUAACAUGGAUGCUGCCAUAGCUCUGAUGGACGGAGCACCUGAACUCAUCAAUGAGCCCAUGACCUCUGACCUCUUCCUUGGCAUGACACCUCUCCACAUUGCUGUGGUGAAUCAGAACAUUAACCUGGUCCGCAGUCUGAUUGGUAAAGGGGCGGAUGUGGUCACGCCCAGAGUCACAGGCCUGUACUUCAGGAAGAGAAGAGGAGGGCUGCUCUACUAUGGUGAGCACAUCCUGGCAUUUGCGGCCUGUGUGGGGAAUCAGGACAUCAUCUCCAUGGUGAUCAACGCAGGAGCCAGCACCAGGGCCCAGGACUCCAUUGGUAACACAGUGCUCCAUAUUCUGGUCCUGCAGCCCAAUAAGACUUUAGCAUGCCUGGCGUUGGAUCUGUUGUUGGCCCACGACGUUGAGCUGGACCAGACUGUGCCACUGGACAUGGUGCACAGUCAUGGUGGCAUGCCCUUCAAACUAGCUGCCAAGGAGGGCAACCUUGUGGCCUUUCAGCAUCUGGUCAACCAGAGGCGAGUCGUCCAGUGGAACCUGGGACCACUGACCUCUAACCUCUAUGACCUCACAGAGAUCGACUCAUUGGUCGCCGACGACGACCUCUCUGUGCUGGAGCUCAUCGUGGGCAGCCAGAGGAGAGAGGCAAGAAGGAUACUGGAAGUGACUCCUGUUAGGCAAUUGGUCAGUCUCAAGUGGAACCUCUAUGGAAAACACUACUUUAGGUUGUUGCUGCUGCUGUACCUCCUGUACAUUGGGACCUUCACACUGUGUUGUGUGUAUCGCCCUCUAAAGGACGCUCCAGAGAAUUACACUGUAUCUGACAUGGACAAAACCAUCCGCGUGCAGAAAACUCUGAAGGAAAGUUAUAUGACCUAUGGGGACAACUUGCGUCUGGCAGGAAUUAUGAUCAGUGUCCUGGGUGCCCUGGUUAUUCUGCUACUGGAGAUCCCAGAUAUGCUGAGAGUGGGGGCCAAGCAGUACUUUGGACAGACGGCUCUGGGGGGACCCUUCCAUGUCAUUCUUAUUGCCUAUGCGUUCCUGGUGGUGCUGCUGUGUGUGUUCAGGGUCAGUGGGGUGCAGGGGGAGGCAGUUGUCAUGGCUGUGUGUCUGGUGCUGGGCUGGAGCAACGUGAUGUUCUUCGCCCGAGGCUUUCAGAUGCUGGGACCUUACGUCAUCAUGAUACAGAAGAUUAUAUUUGGAGACCUGACCAAGUUCAUGUGGCUGAGCUUCAUCGUGCUCAUGGGGUUUUCCACCUGUAAGUACAUUCUGUUUAAGAGAAACUGCAUUAGCAGAUCUUGA